AUGAGCGAGAGUCGCCAGAGUCUGAUUGCGUGGGUCAACGAGCUUCUGCAGACCAACUACACCAAGGUCGAGCAGCUGGGUUCAGGUGCGGCGUACUGCCAGAUCAUCGACUCGAUAUACCUGGAUGUGCCGCUUGCCCGCGUCAAGUUCGCGGCGAACCAGCAGUACGAGUACAUUGAGAACUACAAGAUUCUGCAGAACAUGAUCCGGAAGCACAAGAUUGACAAGCCCAUUGACCCGACGAAGCUGAUGAAGUGCCGGUUCCAGGACAACUUUGAGUUCCUGCAGUGGCUGAAGCGGUUCUGGGACUCGUACUUCUCGGGCCAGCCCUACGACCCGGUGGCCAGGCGGAACGGCCGCUCUGCCGACAUCCCUGGUAACGCUGCUGCCUCCCGCCCGCGCAGCAGCGCGUCAUCCGCCCACAGCUCCCGCACGGGCCCUGGAGCAGCCGCCAAUUCCCACCAGGUGCAGGAACUGAACCGCCAGCUGUCUGAGGCCAAGGUGCUGAUUGAGACCGCGGAGAAGGAGCGGGACUUUUACUUCUCCAAGCUGCGCGAAAUCGAGGUGUACUUGCAACAGCUGGAGUUCGAGCCUAGAUCGGACAUUGGGGAGAUGGCCAGCCAUAUCCAGGGCAUCCUGUAUAGCACAGACGACAACUAUGCUGGCGAGGAGGAGCAGCUCCAGGGCGACCUCAAUGACGAGACCUACGAGCCCCAGAGCAGCGUUCCCGCGGCCGAUGCGCACCUCGACGAAGAGGAGACCUUCUAA